AUGACUGACGAUAGCCUGACUCCGAUAAGGGUCAGGGGUAAGCGACAUAAGAAGCCACUCUUUCCGGACAAAAAGGUGGCACGAAAAGGACGCACGCAUGCUGGUAAUGAAUAUCAGGCAGGCCACCUUCCCGCUAAACCAGCCAAUGGAAAGUUGCGGGAAAAUACCAGCUCCCACAAUGACAAAAGGAAUAAGUGUGGGGGUUCGAAGAGCAGCCACCUUGAAGCGCUCCCAGCAGAAUUGAUCGAGAAAAUCUUCCUUGAUUCACUAGAGCUCAAUUUAGCACGGGCAUCACCACAUUUUGGAGCCAUACUCUCCAGGAAGCGAAUCUACAAAAUCUUAACUUUUCUUGCCUUCUUCAAUGAUUAUAGACCUGGGAGAGAUAACGUACCUCCCGGAUAUCUCUCAAACAUCCUCCGGCCCCUGAAAUACGUUCCUUUGGACUUUGAUACACAAAAGGCGCUCCAGAAUGAUGUCAUUGGUUGUCGGUGGUUCAAUCUACCUCUUCUCAAAGAAUGCCAGCGUGAUAUGUUUUCCACAAUAUUGCAGACGUGCAUAUUUGGUCCCUCACCACUUGGACAGUCGAUGGUGUUGGAUUCCGCGGCAAGAGAUGUUUUGAAUCAAAGCCUUGAUGAGAACCCAACGCACUGGAGCAUGAACUUUCGAGGAACUGACAAACACAAUAAUCAAUGUGUUUUGAAUAUUUGCCCUUCAACGGUCUCUUUUACUCAUAGCCGACUCGGGACUACGCACUAUUUACCAAUGGCUGUUUGGACAAUUCCCGACAAAUUCUUUGCAAAACAGCCGUGGACAGAGGAAAAAUUCUGUCUUCUACAUCACCUCCUCACGGCUUCUCCCUAUGGUCUCCUUCCAGAUAGGCUGGAAGCGUUUUACCCCAGUCUAUCGUCGUUAGACAUCUCACGAGAGAGAAUACAGGAAUGCAUUCACAUCGCCAUCAUGGAGGAAAAUAUUUGGAUGCUUUGUGAAUUACUUGCUUGCGAUGAAAGGGCAUAUCAGGCUCUUAAUGGAGGUGACAUUUUCAGGUAUGAGAUACGCGGUGAACAUUUCAUAGCUGCCGUAAACCGAUCCGAGAACCCAGGCCUUCUUCAGAUUCUGCUCCGUGCCCACGCGGAGUCGAUACCGUAUGAUGACCCGGACAUUACAGCGUGGGCGUUGAGGCAAGCGAAUCAUGGGUUCGGUCGAUGGCUCCUGGGCUAUCUCAUUGAAGUGCCAUCUCGAAGGCAGUGUGGAGUCACGCUUUUCACAGGAGGCUGGGAUUCACGUCGCCGCCGUAGCGGACGUGAUUAUCCAAAUGAUCCAGGAUGCUCCAUUUGGUGGGCCGAUUUUGAAAGAUAUGCAGGUCAAAACAAUCUUAUUUAGUGAGCACUACUAAACUCCGGUCGCUCAUGACAUGGUUAUGAAAUAAAAAAUGAUCGUGGUCACAGCAUAAUCUUUCUCUUUCAAACAUACAUGCACAAGUCAUUUCAGUUCUCAACAAAAACUGAUCUAAAAUAUUGGAUUUAAGAGUGCAGACUUUCAAGAGCAUUAAAAAGAUGUCGUGUAUAAAAGUCGGGGAUGAGUAUCAAUUCUAGAUGAGAAAAUGGUCUCCGAUCAUGAUCGAGUCCGGCUUUUUCCUAGCCCUGCUCAUCUGCAUCAACACUGCAUCGAAGAAUACAGGAUGGAGCAAAAUGUACGUGUACAAUAGAUCCACAUUAAGAUUUGAAUUCUGAGCCUCGGCCGCCUGUUAACCGCAACGGUGUGGCCCAAUGUUCUGUGACGAUACCACACAAACUUAGCUGCCAGUCGCGCGUC